UAUUCUCAAGCACCGUUCAUUGUCGUUUAAAUUCACUACCGAAUUUAGAUUUUCCGCAAUGUAUUGCCAGUGUUUGCGCGUUUGGACGGACAUGGCGAGUAGUCCUCCGAUCACCACAAUCGACAAAGGAAGGCCUUUGCAGUUGUUCGAAAUCUUCUUCCCGAUUUCUUCCAAUUCCGGAGGGCAGUCUUUUUCUCCAAAGACACUUUUCCGGAACAACUUCCAGCUGUUAUCCUCGUUUAGAAAUCCCAUCUCGAGGCCACGAGAGCCGCUCAGCUCGAAAGCCAAGUCGGACAGCCGAGUAGUUAUAACUAUCCUACUCCCAUUAUUAUUAUCCGGAAAGAAAAACUUGACCUUGUCCCACGCGCGGACGCUCCAUACGUC